AUGCCAGUGCCCACAGAGGGCUCAUGGAAGGCAGUGACCAAGGAUCAGAAGACCCACAAGAAGCGCAAGCACAGCUGCUGGGAGAACUACGUGUACAAGGUGCUGAAGCAGGUCCACCCACUCACCAGCAUCUCCACCAAGGCCGUGGGAAUCGUGGACUCAUUUAUCGACAUCUUCAAGCGCAUCACCAGCGAUGCCUCCCACCUGGCGCGCUAUAACAAGUGCUCGACCAUCACAUCCCGGGAGAUCCAGACAGCCGUGCAGCUGAUGCUUCCCGGGGAGCUGGACAGGUAUGCGGGGUCUGAGGGCACCAAGGCCAUAACCAAGUACACCACAGCGAAAUGA